AUGCACCAAAUCAUUCUCUACACACAACACAAGAUCUGCGAUUUUGGUGUCGCCAUGUCUAUGUCGGAGGCGCCGCCGUACAAGGAGGAGGCCGGCAUGGGGGAGUACCGGGCGCCCAAGAUACUUCUGGGAAAGGAGGACUACGAUGCGCUCGUCGACAUAUGGUCUCUUGGGUGCGUCAUGGCAGAGAUGCUCACGGGCGAGAGGACUUUCCGGGCCGACGAAUUCAUAUCUCUGUUCCAAAGGAUCUUCCAAGUGGUGGGCGUGCCAGACGACACGACGUGGCCGGGGUUCACGUCGCUGCCGCACGCCGCCCCGCCUCCGCUGGUGCCGGGGCAGCAGAGCACGCUGCGACAUCUGUUCCCGGAGGAGGCGCUGUCCGCGGAGGGAUUCGAGGUCCUCAACGGCCCUCUUACAUGCAACCCCGACAAGCGGCUGACGACGGCCGCCGCACUGAAGCUCCCGUGGUUCGCCACCGCUUCUGCAAACUCCCACCCUGCUCUUUCUGCUGCUGCCAAGAUCGACAGGAUGGCGGUGUCCAUAAAGGAGGAGGUGGUGGAGUUCGCUCCGUUGAUGCCUCCCAGAAAAUGAGUGACGGCAAAGAAAACAUUGUUCAGGAAGAAGGCGCCGCUGAUCGUUCCACCGGCGCAGUGAUCUUGUUCUUCUGCCUCGAUCCGUCCAUGCUUGGAGCUUUUCCAAUGCGAAAUAUGUAAAUGCUUGGAUGAUAAUUUA